AUGACACCGCCGCUAGCCUACCUUGCAAUUUUCUUAAACACAUCUCCAACUUCCUCGCACCCUACUAUAUAUGCAACUACCACCGCAACAUCCUCCAUAACCCCUACCCUCAUGUCCUUCACCACCAAGGAAAAUGACAUAAGUACCGACCUUAAUUCUAUCAACGUUGCACGGUCGAGUGAAUACAAAGAAAUCCCAAACAACGUUUAUGGUGGAUUUAAAGCAGACAAUUUCUUGUCAUCAUCUUUUGACCAGCAUACACAUAUCUUUUCUAUUUCUGGAUUCAUUAAGCUAAUCAAUCGAAGUAAAUCUGAUUGA